GGAAAGGAAGAGAAGUGAUGAACUGACGUCGAAGCAGGCUUCGGUUCCGUCUCAUCCAUAAUUUCAUCCUUUAGACUGCAAUUUAUCUUUACUUUCUGGAGUAGGGUUUCAUCUUGCUGGUGAAAUCACAUGAGCGCAAUGGAAGAAGAAAUCCCAAUUCAAGAAAAAACCCCAAUUCAGCAACACCAACCCGAGGUGCAAGAUCACGACGAGCUAGGGUUCGAGCCUCAGUCGCUGGAGAAUCGACCGAUUUCUCCUGAACCCAAUCCCGAAAUCCCUCCUGAAAGCACGCAAUUGUUGCCCGAAGAGGAUAAUUGCGGCGAGGAUGAUGAUGAUGACGACAAGGAAGCCGUGCGAAUCAUCUGCAAUGAGCUUCGGGAUUUGGUUCUGAGCCAGGCGUAUCACGAUCUUGAGCGAGACCAGAGCCUGGAGGAACCGGACAAAUUUCACGGCGAAGAUGGUGGUUAUGGGUAUGAUUAUGGUCAUCAUGGUGGGUAUGGUGUUUAUGAUGAGGAUGAUAGGAGCAGAGGUGGGGUUGAGAUUCGAAAUGGGGGUGACGAGGUUUCUUUCGAAGGAGACAGGGCGGGUGGUGGCGGGUUUCAUUCUAGCAAUGGUCAUGGUAAGAAAUUCGUUUUCAACUAUCCUUUGAGACCAGAUGCGGAGGACUGUGCGUUUUACAUGAAAACUGGGUCCUGCAAAUUCGGCUUCCAUUGCAAGUUCAAUCAUCCUAGAAGGAAAACACAGUGGUCUAGAGACAGGGGGAUGCCCAAAGAAAAUAACCCAGAAAGAAUGGUGCAGACUGAAUGCAAGUACUACCUAACUUCAGGUGGAUGCAAAUAUGGGAAGAAUUGCAAAUACAAUCAUAGCAGGGAAAAAUUUCAAACAUCACCCAUUCAGGAGUUUAACUUUCUUGGCCUGCCAAUGCGACCGGGAGAAAAGGAAUGCCCAUACUAUAUGCGUACUGGCUCAUGCAAGUAUGGAUCGAACUGCAGAUUUCAUCAUCCUGAGCCCACCAUUAUGGCAGGAGACGAUUCUUCUUCUGCAUACAACAUGGGUAGAUCUAUUACAGUGCAAGCUUCCUCUCAGUCAACUGUGACUUCUUGGUCUUCGUCGAGAGCAAUCAAUGAUACAACAUCGUAUGUCUCUCCUGUGAUGUAUCCAGGAACACAAGGCGUGUCUUCUUCCACUCCAGAAUGGAGUAGUUAUCAGGCACCUGUCUACCAAGCAUCUGAGAAGAGCCUUCCUACUCCUCCGGCAUUUGCUAUGUGCAAUUCCGUGACAGAAAAGUUCAACUCAUCUCAUGCUCAACAUGCACCUGUGCUGGGUGAUGAUUAUCCUGAACGCCCUGGUCAACCUGAAUGCAGUUACUUCAUAAAAACUGGUGACUGUAAAUACAAAUCUAAUUGCAAGUUCCAUCAUCCGAAAACUCAAUUGCCCAGGAUGCAAACAGUUCUAAAUGACAAGGGCCUGCCUCUACGACCUGAGCAAACAAUCUGCUCAUUUUACAGCCGAUAUGGAAUUUGCAAGUUCGGGCCAGCGUGUCGAUUUGACCAUCCCAAUAAUUAUAGCCAAUCGCCAUCUUCUGCUUGGGAUUUUGAACAGCCUCCAUUUGGUGGUUCAGACAAUGCUGAUGGGGUUAGGGCAGGGAGGAAAGGGAACGCAAGCCGAUCUUUACUCCAACAGUCUGUAUAAAAGUCUUAGUAGCUUCCACGUGCAGCGCACACAAGGAUCUACUACGAUUUACUGUUGUGUUAUUUAAACCUCUGUCAGGUAUAGAGAGCUAUGCAGUGAAUUUUUAUGAGGCCUUCGUGUUCAAGAUGUGCAAGAGCGAAAUGUGAUUUUUGUAAAUUAGUGCGCCCGGCAUGCUCGUCUUGGAAGAUACUUCGCGCCAUUCCUAGGAUGUUUCUUUCUUUCACUUUGAAGAUAUUUAUGUGCCCCAAUUGUGAUGUUUUUCAAGUUCUUUUUUUUUUCCUUUUUUGAAUUGGAAGGUAUUGUUGUGCAUUUGGUCAUUCCAAAAAGCUAUGGGAACCCCACAUUUGAUAUCGCCUUUGACACCAUAAUGUCUAACCGUUUGUGUGCAUUGG